CAUCUUCCCAUUUCUCCAAAUCUGUUGUUGCCACCAAUCGAUCAACUUCCCAUUUCUUGACCAGCAGAAAACUCUUCCCAUUUCUUAACCUGAAACUCUGGGAGACAUUGAGAAAGGCGAGACUUUCUCUCUCUAGGGUUUGAGACGCCGUAACAUUGUGCGACUCCCUUAGAUUUGCCAUUCCUCUUGAAUAUGUGGAUCAUUUUUGAUGAUUUUUGUUUAUCUUAGAGCGAAAUUAGAAGCUCUUCCAUAAUCUCAAUUUUUCGCUGAAGAAUUGGGGCUGAAUCGUGGUGAAUUGCAGAUUCAAAUUGCGUAGUCACUGUUCAUCUUCAUACUUCGCAGGUACAAUUUCAUCUGGGUUUUUACAAAAUUGAAGGCCAAUUCUUGGGUAUUUUGAGCGACUUGCUAGGCCUAAUCACCUUCUAAAGUUUGUUGAUCAAUCCAAACAAAGAUUCGUGGCUUUUGGAUGAAAUUGUAAUUUCGAGACACUGUUCACAGUGUGAAUCUACCAGCGAUGCAAUAGUAACUUACACGGCUCUCUGGUUUCUACACUUUUCAUUGAAAGAUGCAAUCACAACUUUGCUCAACUUAUUCAGCCUUCUCCCUCGGUUUCUGCUUUGUCUGGCAGGUAAUUUAGAUGGCCUUGCUCGACAAGAAGAUUCUUACAGAAACGUGUCAAGGUUUACAAGAGUCCUGCUGAAUGACAGAUAUGUCUCUCCGAAGGUUUGCCUCAUUUGAUUCUUCUUGAACUUCUGAACCAUCUUAAGGACAAAGACAGAGAUAUGGGUCUGAUUCUCAUCUUAUCCAAUGAAGGUAUUUCUGAUGAGGACCAAACAAGUCCUCCCAAUCUAUAUAAGAGUCAUUGCGAGCACCUACUUCAACCUUUCCGGAGAUCUUUUCACGCUCUUUGGGUGUAGGUUUUAUCCGACUUACCACUCUUAAUGUGGUCUUUGGUCCUAUUAAGGUGGAGGGUUCAAUUUUUGAUAUUAGUUUGAGGGAGCAUUAAAUGGCGGGUGGUAUUCACAUCCCUCACAGUGACAAAAGGUUUGCUGGAUUCAGCAAGGAUUCAAAGCAACUAUAACCUGAGGGAUGCCAGGUCAGCUUAUCUUUGUAGACUUCGUGAACAUGAAGUUGGGUUUUGCUAUUCCAUCUUUUUCACAUGCCCACCCCCUUUUCUCCAAAUUUUAUCACUACCCUGACCAUUCUUCUCCUUCACCUGGCUUGGCAACUUGAGACGGCAAUAGACACUGCUGCUGUAGUUCCAUAUAGUAGGAAGAGGUGACAACAACCUUCGGCCCCCUUGCAGAAAAAGAAGAAAAUAUAUUCUGAUUCUUUAAAUACAAAUCAAUAUAUUAUCUGCUCUUUUCAAAGAUGAACGAUGAAGCUACUCUAUCGAGCAUUGGAAUCUUGCCGCAUCCACCUCUUGUGGUGAUAUGAAGUUUGAAACAUACAAAUUAAUUGGCCUAAAAUUAUAAUGGUGAUGAGAUCCACACAUUAUAGUUGGAAGGCAGUAAAGGCGGGAAAUGAGGCACAUCUAAAUGAUGCACUCGAGGAAAUAGAGAAGGUUCUUGGCAGGCUAGCAGCUCGGAUAACAACCGCGGUUCAACUUUCAAGGCUAGCAUCCUACAUCAAAACUAUUCGGGGAGUGUUGUUCGCUGAUAAUCACCCACCACCUUAGAGGUAUGCUAUCUGUAUUGCUCUUUAUGCUGAUUCAUGAGGUAUGAUGUAACUAAACCACAUUUAGGGAUGGAACCAGUGCUACACGAAUAUGAGUAUUGUAUAAGUGAAUAACAAUAAAAAGAACAACCUCAAAGUCUAGAUGGCAAUUUCUCAUAACCAUAAUAAAGACACUUCAUGGGAUUAGAAUCAAUAUUAAAAAUAAAAACUUUUAAGUCUUUCAAACUUUACUACAUUCAUAUAAGAGUACUAAUCUAUACGGAGAAGCGAAUAAACUAAUUUUAAUAUGUGAUCUCAAUUCUUUGAGUCCCUACCACAGUUUGUUAUAUAGUUGUUCAUCUAUUGGGGUGCUAUGCUACGUUUCACCAGCCUAGCUUUUUAAAGUGAAACGAACUUCCCCUGUUUAGUUGGUAUUAGUUCCUUGCGUAUUCCUUAACACCCAAACUAGAAUAUCCAGCUGAUCAGUAUGACAUGUGACAAAGUUUAAAUUCGAUAGUCUCAAAGCUCCUAUAUACACAUUUGAAGUUUGAACACACGUCUUAAAAAUGAAAAAAUUCACUAAGCCUAGAAUUGUAAUACUAUUAGGCCUAGGAUUAUCAUUAAUUGGAAUAAUUUGUUUAUUUAUAUUUAUUACUCCCUCCGUCCUAAAAUUAAUUUCCCAGUUCAGUCAAACUUUUUAAACUUUGACCGUAAAUUAAGGAAAAAAUACAUUGAAUUUUUAUAUAAAUUUAUUAGCAAUAGAUUUAUUUUGAAAUAUAGUUUUAAAAUAUAUAAUUUUUAUAAAAUAUAUUUAUAUAAAAAUUAAGAUAUUUAUAGUCAAAGUGUCGUAUUGGAGACCGUGAAAAGUCAAAUGAGAAAUUAAUUUUAGGACGGAGGGAGUAUUUUUAAUACUGCUCUAAAAAGGGAUAUGAAGAUCUCUUAGACUCUGGUAUAUAUAAAAAAGAAAAAAAACUGCAGUGGUAGGUUUUAUAUGGUUCCUCUAGCAAAAGUUAUUUGAUGUAGAGUCAGCUUUGUUCAAAGUUUAAAAGAUUUUGGUGGCUAAAUGAUAUGAGUUGUAUAAUUAGGCAGGGAAUACAACCCAGUGUGCGUGUUUGAAGCCAGUUGUAAUAAGUCUAUUUUAGUCUCAACUUAAGGUAUGUAUUUUGACUAAAUGUAUACUUUGACCACACCAUGUAGGUUUUUAGUCCAGAUAAUGCGGCUAUUUUAGUCUCAACUUAGGUAUAUAUUUUGCCUAAAUGCAUACUUUGACAAUAUAAACACUGCACCAUCUAAUGUUUGUUUCCAUUGUCUGAGCAUCAGAGCUAACCUAUAGUACAAGGACGGCUUUCAUCACUGCUUACAUGCGUCUGUGGUGCACUGCUUCUGUGAUAUUAGAUGAUUAUGUAAAAAUAGGUUGGCUCAGUGCAUCUUUGGAAGUCCUCACUUUGUUUAUGUUGUCAUCAGUGCUGAUUUUUCUAUCAAACACGGUCACAUGGCCAUGACUAACAAAAUGCAUACUUAUUAUCCCUGCUUUUACUCCUCCCGACAUAUAUAGCAGAAAUUUCCCCUAGAUAUUGUCACAUUAUAAAGGCAUCUACAAAAGAGAUGUAGCGAGAAUGACUGGAUCCUAAAUCAACCCCGUCGCAGCACAUCAGCACCAUAUACCAAGGUAUGGGCUACCAAUCAUUUGUUUUUAUAACUUAUUUUCAUAUUUACAUACAAUGGCUAAGUUUUGUUCUACAUG